GAUGAGUUCCCGCCACAACGUUGUAGUGUACUCGAUGAGGAUCAGCCUAUUGCAGCAGUGUUAUGUCAAUUUUGGGAACGAAAAUUCGACACUUGUGGUGAAUGAUAAACAGGAUCAUGAAGAAAGCCACAGAGGAAAAUGCUGCUGAUACUUACCUAAAAGGAUUCAGUAUCCCAAAGAAAUCCAUUGAUGGGCUGCUUGUAUCAGCCCAACAUGGCAGUGUAGAAGAAAAGCGUGUCCUGCAAGAUGUCCUCAUUACAGCAUUGUCCAGGGAUUACGUGAAGGACUGGAAAACUCAAAACGUCUCUUUCGUACACAAUACCAAGCUAGAGAGCCAAUUUGCAGAGAAAAAGAGAGAACUGAAAGAAAAGGGCACCAAAGCUGUGUUUGAAGAGUUGGCUUUCAGUGUGGAGCAUCAGGAUACUCAGCUUACAAUCUGUGAAGAAGGACCCUAUUGCAGGGACUUGAGACACAGCUUGGGAAAUCCACUUCUGGGUGUGAGUCUAUUUCGGCAUAUUGACGUUACGCUGAGAUAUGCUAAAGUGAUGGGUUUUGGAUCUACAUGCUCUGUUAUGGUAUACAAGGUGUUGGUUGGAAGACCUAGACAUGUAGUCCCAAGGGAAAAGCUAUCAGAUGUUUUCCUUGACCCAACACCAAACCACGAGUGCCAUCUUUCCUGUGUAAAACCUAGAUUGGGUGACACAAGUUUUGAUCUCCUGGAGAGAAGCACUGUGUAUUUAUACGAGUAUGAUGAGUCGACCUGGCCAGUAUCUCAUCCGAGACAGUGCCUUCCAUAUGCCAUUGUCACCUACUGCAGUUCUAGGGUAGGUACUCAAGCCCCAUCGCUUAAAAUAGACACUUGUGUGAAAGAACUGGCAGGAAGGCACUCAUCAGGACCAAGCAAAGAAGUAAAGCCUAGUGUGAAAAUGGAUCCUAGUAAAAUGUGCUUGAAGAGGUUAAAGGCUGGGUCUGGACUCAAGCUCAAAAUUCUACAAAAGGAGUACUUAAGAAGGGCAGCUAUGUCACAGCGCGAACCUGUGUAUGGAAGUAAUGACAAGAUCAGCGAUGGCAGUUCAAAACAAUCCGGAAAUUACAUCAGUGUUAAUGUAGAGCACGAAGAAUCACCUAGCGAUGCAUUUGAUUGUGCACAUGAUAAUAUUGCUGAAAGAAUUGAAGGGAGUGCCCCAGAAUUUGCCCUAAGUGCUUAUCCAAGAGGUGACGAAUGCUUGAGUGAUGAAUGUCCCGUUCCAGCAGUCAAUAUGCAUGGACCGCAUGACAAUACGCAGAAUGACGGAGAUGGCUGUUCUGGAAGGACUUCAGAUAAAGUGUUUCCUUGUCUGCAGGACACAAGUAAAAUUGAGCCUUCUGAAAAUAAGACGAAGCAAGUAGAUAAUUUCUUGGGUGCCGAAAUGGAGAAAGGUUAUUCUAAAAGACCCCUGAAAGUUAAGGCAGAAAUGCAUAGAUCAGACAGAUCCAGUGAUAAAGGAUAUCGGAAAUCAAAGAAAUUGAAAGUCAAACAUGAUGCACGUUCAACGGCGUGUUUUGGUGAUGCAAGGAAACGUAAGUUUGUUGAUAAAUGUACAUUACGAAAAGAAUUUCCUGUGACCAGAAAACGUUCAUGGAUUGAUUCCAGACACAACAUUCGUAUUGAUGCGCCAGUAAGACAAGUUGAGCUUCCAAAGUUCGUGUAUAAUGUAGGCAGCGAAGAUAUUGAUUAUACGGAUAUAGAUUUUGACGUUAAUGACGAGGCGUCAGACGUCAAUUUGGUAGAAAGUGAAAUGGAAAUAAGUGAUGAUGAAUGUCCUGUCAAAGAAGAUAUGAACCAAACGGUACAGAAAUCAAUUCACCAUGUUCUUGUAGAAUACAAGACUUUGCCUGGAAAACAGUCUUCCGUUUCUAGGAGAGGAAUGAGCGAAUUUCCAAGGAAAAGAAAUGAGUUCUAUUCCACUUAUCAGUAUACCCUGGAUGGCAAGACGUACGUGUAUGUUUCACGAUUUUCGAAACCAGUUAUCAUGGAGAAGUCUUCGCAGAUGAACUACGAAAGUAUCAUUGAUGAGGGCAAGACUUACUACUACAAUGACUGGAACCAGUUUGAGGCUGGAAAUCCCCGUAAAAAACGUGGACCAGUACUACAGAAGAAGUCCGUGAAUGGUUGCUUAGAUAAUGGAAGUGAAUGUAUGUCCGGUGGGAAAAAGCUUUCUACCUUUGAAGCUUUGAACAAGCUGCGUUGUCUCCUUUCAGAAGUUGGUCAGUGUACCAUCGACACUAGUACAAUUGUGGAUAUCCUGAACACUGACACUGUUGUACCAACCAAUAGAUCGAUUGCUCCUUGUAACAUUGGUGUAGAACAGGAUGCUAAUCAAAGCCAGUCAAGGCAUUGCGACACCAAAUUAUGUGGAAGCCCGAACAAAGUCCAACUUCCUUUUGAGGGCGUUCAGAGUGAAAGAGACAUACAAAGUGAAAAGAUUUCCAACGACACUAGAUCUCUUGCCCUGUACAGUGAAACGGACACAAAUGUUUCAACUCCUGUCAAAAGUGGUUUUAGUGGUCUAAAGGCAGGCAUAAGUGAAAAAUCUGACAAGGGUGAUGUUUGUGAAAAGAUUGAAAGGCAUCGUAUGCUUGUUCCUGCCGCAGAACAAGUAUGUAAGCCAAGCAUGGCAGUAAAACGUGUGAAGUGCAACAGACCUUUGACUUGCCCCUUUAACUCCAUAUUACCAACCACUUUCAAAUGGAAGUUGGAAAAACUUGAUCUGCCCGUGGAUGUGGAUGUGUCUGCUGACACAUCCUGGGAUACAACUACUAAUUAUGCUUCUGCAGACAAGGGGGUGAAACCAAAAUUUAAUGGUCGUACUCUUUUGAAGGGAGGAGUAAAUCCUCGAAAUAUACCACUUAAAAUAUCAAGAAAGGUCUUGGAAAGUGAAAUGGCUGUAGAUCCAAGAUUAAUCAAACCAUUUUCAUCUUACUAUCGGCAACCCCGUCGCCAGUUGAGUUCAACAAGCGAGACUGGAAGCUCCUUAUCCUCAGUGUCAAGCGUUGACAGCGGUCUUCCAGAUAUUGACCGUUACGAUGUGAAGAAUUGUGAAUCGACGGAUUCUGUGGAAGAGGUAACAAAACCUCGAAAAUCAACAUACUUUGGUAUGGAUGACAUAUCUCUUAGAAUAUACGAUUUGAUAACCCGCCACAAAACGCCCGAUUUAGGAAAACAGAGCUGUACAAGUUGUGACAGUUCGUAUGGUGGUUCAAGUUCCAGAUUAGAACAGAUCUCUAGGAAAGGGAAAGCCGGCAAUAGUGCGAAGGUUUCCAAAAGUAGUGGAUGUAUUAAUCAAACCGGGAAUAAGGGACUAAUGCUGUUGUCCCAUAGUGGUAGUGUUUUAGGGACUGAAGGCCAUGGGCGUAGCCCUAAAGUUACCGACACCCUUCAAAGAGAGGUAAGGGACCAUGUUUCAAGUCCGGUAAAGAAGUCAUUUGAGGAAAACCACCCGUCUGAUCCAAAAACAUUUUCGGGAUUUCAGAAGGGAACCGGGUUUCAGAAGGGAAAGCGCUCUUAUGAAGUUAAAUUCCAGAAUUAUAGCAAUGUGGCAAGAAGAAGCGAAAUGGUUUCUCCCAGGAAUCGUACAAAACCAGAAGGUUUUUACCAGGAACAAUGCUUAGACCUCACGUCUAUUCCAAUGGGCUUGGCACAAUCGCUCAUUCAGGUUAAGGGAGACGUCUUUGAGACGUUGGCAGGCGAAUGUCGCUCAGACAUGUUCGCUGGAAGUCGAUGCCUUGCAUUUUCAGGAAAUCGACACAUUGAAGUGUAUUCAAAUUCGAUGCCUAUGAUCUCACACCAGCCAGUGUAUGACGCGCGGCAAUGACUCCAGGACAUUCGAGGGUACAAGACAGUGUAUAACCAAGUGCACACGAUCAACCAAUAUCAAAACUCAAUCGCCACUUCCAUUAACAGAGGCUGCAUGGGAACACCACAAGUUAUUUCGGGCAACGAUAUGAACAGCUAUUUUAUGAUAUGAGGCAGAGUGGGAAUGAAGGUGUAUGCAAAGAAAAAUUGCAUUAAUACCCCUUAUUUCAUUGUGAUCCUGCAAAAGUGACCCUGGAUCGAUGUUUAAUUAUUUUCGUCCGAUUCAUUCUCCCCUUCUGAAGUCAGAUUGACCUUGUGCCAUACGGUGAUCUUGAUAUUAUGAGGACCGGUUAUGAGCAGGUAUAUACUUGAUGUAAAAUACGUGCUGCCAGUUUUGAUCAAGUGAGAUUUUCCACCAAUGCGUAGAUUCUUUGGUCACGAAACAGGUUACAAAGGUGCCCACUAUGAGGUUUUUUUUUUGAAACCUAAAACGUUAGGUUGUCUUUAUAGCCGUUCGUUAAUUUUGUAAAAUCAACUUUUCUAGUCGUAGAAACUUGUGAUCAGUGUUACCAACCAACAAAUUUAGCCUGCGGCAAGGCUAUUGUCUCUACCGUACAAAUAAAUCGUAGUUGUUGAAAACGGGAUGCACAUUCUGUUUUACGGGUUUGUGUUCCCUUUUGUGGGGUAUACCGUGUAUAAACUAGACAUAGUCUCAGCAUCUGCUUAGUAUUCAUUUCUUAUGCGAGGGACAUACUUACUGCUGAACGAUACUUACAUUAUACUGUAUGGUGAAGUAUGCGUACAUUGCCCUGUUCACUGAACGACAUGCAUGAAAACACAGUCGGACUAAAUCGGUUUUUGUAU